CCAGCGCUUUUCUCACCACACAAUUUCGUUCGCAUUUGUGGGUGGCGGCGGUCGAUUUGCGCUGAUUUUUUGGCAAAGAAAAACGCACUUGCUGUUUUAAGAUAGCACAUAAAGCACACCUGUUUCGUUUGCAAUCAACCAGAGUCGCUGAAAACCAUCAAGAUGAUGUCCGAAUACUGGAUUAUCUCGGCCCCUGGCGACAAGACCUGCCAGCAGACGUACGACACGAUGAACAACCUGACCAGCAAGCAACACAACCUGUGCAAUAACUACAAGUUCCAUAUUCCAGAUCUUAAGGUGGGCACCCUCGACCAACUGGUGGGCCUCUCCGACGAUCUGGGCAAACUGGACACCUACGUGGAGCAGAUCACCCGCAAGGUGGCCAACUACCUGGGCGAGGUGCUCGAGGAUCAGCGGGACAAGCUGCACGAGAACCUGAUGGCCAACAACACCGAACUACCCCAGUACUUGACCCGCUUCCAAUGGGACAUGGCCAAGUACCCGAUCAAGCAGUCGCUGCGCAACAUCGCCGACAUUAUCUCCAAGCAGAUCGGUCAGAUCGAUGGCGAUUUGAAGACCAAGUCGCAGGCCUACAACAACCUCAAGGGCAAUCUGCAGAACCUGGAAAAGAAGAAGACUGGCAGUCUGCUGACCAGGAAUCUGGCUGACUUGGUCAAGAAGGAGCACUUCAUCCUGGACUCGGAGUAUCUGACCACCCUGCUGGUCAUUGUACCGAAGGUCAUGGCUAAUGACUGGUUGACCAACUACGAGAAGAUCACCGACAUGAUCGUGCCCCGCUCGUCGCAGCUCAUCCAGGAGGACGCCGACUACUGCCUGUUCAACGUUACGCUCUUCAAGAAGGUGGCCGAGGAGUUCAAGCUGCACGCCCGCGAGCGCAAGUUCAUUGUGCGCGACUUUGUGUACAACGAGGAGGAGCUGGCUGCCGGCAAGAACGAGAUGACCAAGCUGAUGACGGACAAGAAGAAGCAGUUUGGUCCUCUGGUUCGUUGGCUGAAGGUGAACUUCAGCGAGGCCUUCUGCGCCCUCAUCCACGUCAAGGCGCUGCGCGUGUUUGUGGAGUCCGUGCUGAGAUACGGCCUGCCCGUUAACUUCCAGGCCAUCUUGAUCGAGCCCAACAAGAAGAGCGUGAAGCGUCUGCGCGAUGUGCUCAACCAGCUGUAUGGUCACUUGGAUGGUGUCUCCGCCGGUGGUGCUGUCAGCAGUGCUGAUAACGUGGACAUCCCCGGCCUGGGCUUUGGCCAGUCCGAAUACUUCCCCUAUGUGUUCUACAAGGUCAACAUCGAUAUGGUGGAGCAGGCCAAGGUCUAAGAUCGUCCGUCGCCCCCAACAUUGCAUACAUCCAGCCACACAAAAUACACUUUAAUACAAAAACAACCAAUUUAAAAAUCAGCUGAACCAUUCGCAGACAUCUAAUGAAAGAAAAUUAAUAGAUUACUUUAAAUAAUUUUA